AUGCUUUGGAACUGGAACACCAUCGAUUCCUGUUUCAUCUCCCGCUCUUGGCACAUCACCUCCAAGGGCAUGUUCGCCGGAUCUUGCAUCGGCGUCCUCCUCCUUGUCAUGUCCCUCGAAGCCCUCCGCCGCGCCGUCAAGGAAUUCGACAGCUACAUCAUCCGCCAGCACAUCGCCAAGUUCGAGGGAUCUUCUCCUGCGGUUAGCAACAAUGGAACUGGCUCUGAUGGCGGCAAGGCCACCGACGGCGCUACCGCCUGCGCCGUUGGCAUCCCUCCCUUCCGCCCCAACGUCGGUCAGCAGGCGAUCCGCGCGCUUCUGCACAUGAUGCAGUUCGCUGUGGCUUACUUUGUCAUGUUGCUCGCCAUGUACUACAACGGAUACAUCAUUAUCUGCAUCUUCCUCGGCGCGUACCUGGGAUCCUUUGUGUUCCACUGGGAGACCCUGGGCGGAAGCCAGCAGACGAGUGCUACCAAGGAAGCCACCGUCUGCUGCGGUUAA